AUGCCCAAUCACCCCAAUGCGGCCGAGAAUCUGAAACGUGAGAAAACGGCUGCCCGCACUGCAAAGAAGCGAGAGACCCUAAAAGAGGUCUACGGACUUGUGAGCGAGUUUGAGGAAUCUUACUCGAGUCGACGCAACCAUUCCGAUGAGAAUGCCGCCAGCGACUCCUUGGUAAUGGCAAGCAGAUUCGCCCACUUGUUCCACCGCGUUGUCUGUGACGAGGGGCACAAACUAAAAAACCCACGGACAAAAAACAUGGCCGCGGUUGAAACGCUAUAUGCCCUGCGUGUCUGGAUUGUUACGGCGACACCAAUGAUCAACCGUGUCGCUGAUCUCCUUGGGUAUCUUUGGCUCUUUUGGACCCCUUCCUGGCUCGACGAUCUCGAGGAACUGGACGAUUACACGCUGCCGAAGCUGGCCCAUCUAACAGUCGACCACGAUCUUACGCAGCUGGGUCUGAAGUGA